AAGAUCUUGACAACAAAGGGGCCUGAAGAGCUGUUGGGUAGACGUGGCAUGGAGAGGCUUCAUAUUUAUAUAUCAUCACCUUCGCCAAGGACGCUAUGUUUAUUGAGUGUUUGUUUGUUACUUAGCAGGAUAACCAAGAAAAGUUUUUCAACCAAUUUCUGUGAUACUACGUGGUGGGGUGUGGCAGGAGCGAAGGAACAACCCGUUAAAUUCUGGAGUUUUGUAUUUACUUUUCUUAAACGUGGCGGGAUGGUGUGUUUGCUUUGGCGAAGGUGUCCACUCACUGAGCGUCUUCCUGGUGUUUUCAGAUCAUAGCACCUCAACAGAAAGCCCAACCAGGAGACACAGCUGGGAUUUCUACUAAAAGUGAAGUAACUCCAUAUGUAAACCUUUGAAAGACUGUCUAUUCAAACCUUCACCAUAAAAAAUAAGUAAAACAGAAAAACCUACAUACGCCACAAAACCAACUUACAGUUGAAGAUAUGUGUUGUUUAAGAGAAGCACAGCAUUUCAAACUGCCGUAUUAACAGAAGCGUUAUUGAAAAAGCCUGAACACUAUCAGUUUUCAGUCAAGUCAGUCAAAAUCCUUUGUUUGGCCAAUUUCUGAUGUUACAUUAAAAAGCCUCAUGUUUCUCAUAAAGGAGCCACUUCCCCCACAUCUCAUCACCCUUUCUAAACAGUUUUGUUUAAAUUUCUCACAAUGGUGCAUACUGCAGCAGCUUUAAGAACUUUUCCUGCACUGUUAUGAAUAUUAGAGCUGUGCAUGUGAGUGUACAGCUAGAAGUUAUAUGCAGAGCACUAAUGCAGAAAUAUCGGGAAAGCAGCUUUAAUGGUUUAGACUGCUUAACUUUGUAUCUGCCUGUUAAGUCCGGGCUGUUGAUCCGGCGGAGUGAUGUGCGGCAGCGGCCUCCUGUCUGGUCAGCUUUAAACAGAUCUCCUACCCUGUCCCCGUAUGACAGUUGAACACAGGCCAAACACGAACACCCGCCAAUCGAAUUAAUUAUCUUUUACCGCCAAGGUGUGACAAGCCAUAAAAUCCAUCAUCCAGCUCCCUCAUUAAUCAAUCAAUUACACUUGGCUGAGGUUGGUGUGAAGAUCCUCCAUUGAUCCGCCAGACACAGAUUUACCUCUUUAGCUGUGCGUCAGGUCAGAGGCUGGAUCCUCCGAAGAUCACCGACAAUGGAUGUAGAUAACACAGAAUAGAAGCCUAGUAUUUAAUUUCAGAGUUUAUGUUAAAGCCACUAUUGUAAUACAGUUUAUUAUAAUGCAAACUGAAAAUGGAUCAGCCAGAGUGUCCUUGCUACAUGCUACAAAUUUGUAACAUGCUACUAAUUUGCUGAAUUAAUCUCAGUCACAACUAUAAACAGAAGAAUUGACAAGCAUGAUGGUUUUGUCAUCAUCUUGAGACUUGAUGCACAGCAGUAAGUCGGCAGCUCACUUAGAUUUCUGUAAACCUGCCGUCAGCACAGAUUGUGCACGGCUUGGCCGAUCAGCCAUCUGUCGCCCUGGCCACCAAAAUCCAACUAAUACCACUCUUCUCUUCUCUAAGCCUCAAGAAAGGAUUUCCUUGCACAUUCACAGUCUUUUUCAUGAGACAACCUUUUCGCCUCUGUGAGGUUUUUAAAAAUGUCACAGCUUGGAGGAUAUCAGUUUAACAAGUACUUCAUUCGGGUAUUUCUACCAUAAAGUCACCAAAACAGCCCCUCCAUUUUUAUGUCUUGGAGAAGUAGAUCCCCUCCAGGUCUCCUUAUGUUAGCGGCCAGUUCUAUUAGUUGUGUGUAAAUCAGAGUUCCAGAAUAAACUUUAGAUAUAUUCGCUUGUUGUUUUGUCGUGACGUUCAGAAUAAACCCGGGUUAAGUCAAAUUGAAUGUGCCUGUAGGGGAAUUUAUUAAUGUGAUAAUUAAAUCCUCAAUCCUACUCAAAUAAUAGGAAAACAUGGAGGAUGGUGUGUGUGGCACAUGUACAAGAAAAUUACUGAUCAAUCCAAAAUCCAGCAGAGGUCAAAUGACUGUCAGAGUUUAUGUCCAGGUCUUGGCCUGUUUAUUUCACACCAUAUGUGUUUGCCCCAUCUGGCGCUCACACUGCCCACAUCUCCCCGAGCUUAUUCCUCUUACGUCCUGUACGCACAUUAUUUUUACACACGCCCCCCCGGCCCAAAGCAGUAGUGUUCUAACGAAUUAAUCAGAUUUUAAGCUGAAGGGAGGGCUCCUGGGUUGGAAGGUCAGGGUAUAAAAGCCAGGAGGUGGCAGUGAUUGCCACUCACACAGCACACAGUCAACAGUGACGGAUUACAGGAGGCAGCAGAGCAGAUUCAUUGACAGAACCAAUUGAUUGGUAAGUGAGGGAUUUCUCUCGCAUUAGGAAUAGAUGGAGAGGUUAAUAACUCAAGAUAUGGUAUAAUGGAGUAUCGGAAUAUAUUAAAAAAAUUGCAGGAACAUUGGUUUUAGCCACACAGUUUAUCUGACAUGCCAAGUUUGAGACGCAUUUUCUUUCAAAAUCGGAAAGGUACUCUUUAUUGCAGGAUGUUAUUCAGAGAUUAGGACAGUCCUUAACUGAUGGAAAGUUAUUAAUUAAUAAUUCAUUAUUAUAUAACCUUCUGAAAAUGCCUCUUUAAAAUGCUACGAUAAACUCACCGAUAUUGAAAGAGAAAAUAUAACCACUGCAUCUAAUUGUCUUACUUUUAUCAGUAUGACAUGUUUUUUAUUUCAUUGUUUUCAGACUGGAUCUAUAACUUUGCCAUCAACAUGUCAAAGGUAUUUAAGAAGACCAGUGGCAAUGGACAUAUUUCUCUGUACUUGGGGAAGAGAGACUUUACGGACCAUGUGGAUUCAGUGGAAGUAGUCGAUGGGGUAGUUAAAGUGGACCCUGCUGGUCUCGAAGGCAGAAAAGUGUAUGUCUACCUCGCCUGUGCCUUCCGCUAUGGAAGUGAAGAAUUGGAUGUCAUUGGGCUGUCCUUCAGGAGAGACAUCUGGAUAAAGCGCAUUCAGGUGUAUCCACCUACAGGCGAAAGCGUCCCCAGCACACCAAUGCUGGAAUCGCUCAAGAAGAAAGUUGGAGAGCAAGGAUGUCCCUUUUCCUUCCAGAUGCCAACAAAUCUCCCGUGCUCAGUUGCCCUGCAGCCAGCGCCAAACGAUUCUGGCAAGGCCUGUGGCGUGGACUUUGAGGUUAAAGCAUACCUGGCCAACGCACCAGCUGAGGAAAUUGAAAAGAAAGACACUUGCCGCCUGAUGAUUCGUAAAAUACAGUUUGCACCAGUUAACAACAAGCCCGGACCCAAGGCGGAAAUUUCCAAACAGUUCAUGAUGACUGACAAACCAGUUCACUUGGAGGCCUCCCUUGAAAAAGAGCUAUAUUACCAUGGAGAUCCUAUAGCCGUCAAAGUUAAAAUCAACAACGAAACCACUAAGGUUGUGAAGACUAUCAAAGUCUCAGUUGAGCAGCUAACAAAUGUGGUCCUCUACUCAUCUGACACUUACACCAAGGCAGUUUGCAGUGAGGAGUCCAGUGAGUCAGUAAACGCCAACUCCAAACUGGAGAAGACCUUCGUUCUCACCCCCCUGCUGGCCAGCAACACGGAGAAGCGCGGGAUCUCAGUGGACGGGCGGCUAAAAGACGGGGACACCAACCUCGCCUCCACCACCCUGAGUGAAGGAGACAAGGAGAUGCAGGGAAUCGUUGUGGCCUACAAAGUCAAGGUGAAUCUGGUCGUGUCCGGCGGAGGCCUGCUGGGUGGCCUUACAUCAAGCGAUGUCUGUGUGGAGCUUCCUCUGUGUCUGAUGUCCCCAAAACCAGCAGGUGAGUGCAGUGUUUUAACCAAAGAAAAUUUCCUCAAACUCAACUAUAACUAAUCUGAUUAAUGUGUUUUUCUAUAUUAUGUCUUCCCUUUUUAUCCACUCAUUGCACGUGAUCACUGUCUAACGAGCAGAAGUGUAAGUAUACAGAUCUCUAUGACAACAAAUGCAUUCACCUGUGGCUGUAGUGCUUGGGACAUGCUGCUGAUACUUGUCUCCUCUGUGCUUUUUUGUGUUUUAUGAACAACAGCAAAUUGGAUUAAGGGGCCUCUUUAGUUCAGGACAGACAUCACAAUCGAGUGAAGGGAUGAGAUGUCCAGCAAGGAAAAUCCCUUCUCUGUCAGAGAACACAGAACACAAGGGAACCAAUGAAGAGAGUUACAAAUUCCCCUGGCAAAUGAACAUGUGACUGACAUCAGAUGGAUUGCCAUUGUAGUAUAGAAAUAAACAUGUGUUGUACUUUUUUUUUUCUUUUGUGAGAGGAAAUGUCCCAUUGCGUAGAUAUUAGACUUUCCCCCCUAUGUGUCAUGCAAACGGACAAUGCAGAGAGCUAUUUAUUGUUGAUGUGUUAUUGCUUUGUCACUAGAGCCAUGCAAUCUUUUUGACCGAAUGUGCAGCCGUGGGACAAAUAUCCCACAAAUACUCACUCUUUAUAGACGAGAGAAGGAAAUAAACACAUCGU